AUGUCGUCAGCAAUUGGCAAUACUUCCAGCCUCGACGUCGACUGGCUGCUGCAUAAAAACGACUCCAACUACCCUCCUUCGCAUAGUAGCAAUGGCUCUGUUCGGGACGAUGUUUCUUCACCUCCUCUUCCCUCGGUAACACAUAGUGAACCUACGCCACCACAGUCGCCGGUCGACGUUGUCUCCAACUCUUCGAGCAAAGUGCCUGACAUCAGCGUCACUCCACAUGAGUCUUCAAAAGAAUCACCAGCAACGGUGCGCGACACCCCGAGACAGGUCAACGGUGUGAGCACGCCCGAUCAGCAAGGUCGCACGGCGCCUGCACGUAAUUCCAAUGACGGCGACGUCAAGACCAUCAGUAAAUCGUCCAGCGGCAACAUGAAGAAAGACAGUGGCAAGCGCCCUUCUUGGAUUACGAGUCUAAGCUCGAAAUUUGGGUCCUCCAAUGCUACCACGCAACGAACCGGCUCUACUGAUUCCCAGAAGUCCACAACAGCACCCUCGCCACAGCCAAGUCCAAAGGUUGAGUUCGGCAAUCCUUUCAACAAGAAAGAGAAUGCACAAAACGCCAAAGAAGAACCAAAGCCGGUCGUCCCUCAUAGCCCCGGGCGGCGACCUUCAGUGCUCGUGGCGGCGGGCAAAGAGACGAAGCUGGAGCAGCCGGGCUUUCUGUCCAGCGCCUUGCGGAGACUUUCCUCUUCAAAUAAUACUGCGAUGGGAAAGAGCGCCGGCACCGGAGCGAUUUGUCCUCGAAGAGUGAUGAACAUCGACCAGAAUCGAGAACGCGUCAGAAUUCCAGAGUUUGAUCAGAACAAGCUCAAGCGAGUCGCGUUUUGUGUGGAUGUCGAAAUUGCCGGACGAGCAGCUCAAGCGGAUGAAGAAGAGGGUCAUGGCAUCAGGCCGCCAGUCUCACAGCGGCAGAACCAGGCUAACAACCAAGACAAGAAAGAUGUCAAAGACGCCAAAUACAAGGAUAUGGGUGAAGGAGCUGCUCUGAAAAACCCGUCUGCUGCAACAGUGGACAAGGAGAAGCCAAAUGCCACAAAAAUCGACGGAGCUGUACCACCGACGGCCAUGUCCAGAGAACGAUCAGCAUCCAACGAAUCGAAAGAAGACAUUGAUGGUCCAGCGGACAGUAAACAGGAGGAAAGCCUGGCACCCACAACGACCCGAAAAAAGGAAAAGAAGAAACGGUCCGAAGCCGAGCGAAAAGAGAGGCGAGAGCGGAAACGGCGGCAUGCUGAGGCUAACGGCCUCGUCCCAAUGGAGUUGAUACGCGAUGAUGGUGAUUCGGAUUCCAGCCCUACAAGCACACCAGGUGUAUCGACGCCUCGGACAGGUGCGUCACCUACGACAGAUCCGUUGAGGAUCUAUAAGCGCUGUUGCCAGCUCCGAGAAACAACGGUCAUGAGCCGUGUGAAAGAGCAGAUCUCAAAACCUGCAGCCACACUAGCGGAGGCUCCUGGCACAGUGGCAGUAAUUGACCUCUCUGGCACAACCAUGCAAUUGCAAGACGUACAAACGUUCGGCGAUUGGCUGGCCGUAGUGCCAGUGCGCAAGCUCGUUCUCGACAACUGCAGCCUCUCCGAUGAGGCGGUUAGGAUCAUUCUCUCUGGUCUAUCAAGCUGCAAGAACCCAGAACAAGCGAGAAUAAAUCGAAAGUUGAAGACGCAGAUAACCGGCAAACCUGGACGUGAGCAAAUUGGCAUCAUUGAGAAGCUGUCCCUCAAACACAACCCUGAUAUCACCAAUAUCGGGUGGAGGCACCUUGCGCUGUUCUUGCAUAUGUCAAAAUCACUGAAAGCGAUAGACCUGUCAGGCAUUCCUUUUCCCAAAGCUUCAGUGGAUCUUUCGAGAUCGACAACGGCCAGCAGUGGGUCCAACACUACAGUCAACGGGGCCUCAGGUAAGACAGCAGACCUUGGCGCCUUGAUCGCACGGGCAAUUGCCGAGCGGCUGGGAGACAAGCUGGAAGAGCUGAUCUUGAGCGACUGCGGCCUUACGGCUGCCGGUGUCAGCGAUAUCGUCGACAGUGUCAUGAGAUGCAAAAUCAGGCGGCUUGGUCUGGCGGACAACAAUCUCGAUCCGGAGGCGAUUGGCCAUGUCGUCCGAUACAUUGUUUCCGGGCUUUGUGAAGGCUUGGACCUUGGCGGGAACAAUCUGCAUAGACGAGUCACCACCAUCGCCGAGGCAUUAGACGACGAAAACCCAUUGUUCGCAAUAAGUUUUGCCGGGUGUCACCUGGAUCCAAAAGAUCUCGAAAUCGUUCUCAACAACGUGUGCCGGCUGCAAAACCUCAAGUUUAUUGAUUUGUCAGGCAACGGCUCCUUGUUCACGGACAGAAACACUGCUGUUCCAAUCUUCCGGAAGAUGCUUCCUAAGCUGAAGGCGCUCAAACGUAUUCACCUCGCCAACGUUGGACUGACCCCAGACCAUGUUGUCGCAUUGGCGGAGAUCCUCCCUGACUGUCCGUCCAUGUGUCAUGUCUCGAUCUUGAACAAUCACUUCCUGCAGCAUGCGAUGAAUUCAAAAGAUGGCUCGUCACAAGAGGAAGCGUGCGCUUUCUUCGCUUCCCUCAUGACCGCAGUUCGCGUGUCACAUACGAUCGUGGCCAUCGAGAUUGAGGUGCCAAGCGCAGAUAGCAGCGAGGUCGUGAAAGCGUUGGCAUCCCAAGUCGUUGCAUACAGCUUGAGAAAUAUGGAGCGGAGCGCUUUGGAUGAGAUCGGCAUCAAAACCAGUGCGAUGCCCCACAAGGACGCUCCAGAAGUCUUGCUGCAUCUCGUUGGACCCAUGGAGGGCGUAGAGGACACUCACGACGAUGAACCAGCUCCAGAUGAAGACUACGUCAUUGCCUCUACUGGCAUUGUCAAGGCACUCGGCGUCUGUCUCGGAACAGGCGAUGGCUCAAGCCGAACCCAGUCUAGAACGGUCACCCCUUCAGCAAGUGGAACAACGACGCCUCGGCAGGUCCCUCAGCGGCCUGGGACGCCGAAGAAACCUCGCAACGUCAGCCUAGAACUUUGUGAAAGUGCGCGGAAGAUCAGAAUGAGGUUGAGGCCUGCUUUGGUUAGAGAGGACAAAGCUGGAAACGACGAAAAAUUCCGGCGAUUGUUCUUCCUUGACCAAACUCUAGAACGUAUCAUUAAGCGAUUCGAGGAUGAAUAUCCGGAGACCAAGGUCCCUGACUUGCCAGCGUCUUCUCCUCCCCUCAACGGCGUGUCUUAUGGACCUGCUAUGGCAGACGCCUCGGUAGUUUCUGCGAGUGUCAAUUCCAGCAAUUUGGAGAAAGUCCCCUCGGCAGAAGAGUACGUGCAAGCAGAAGACAAGAACAACGACCACGUACGGAUGCAACUGUCGCGAACGCCCUCAAAUACCUCUUUAGCUGCUCGCGCGUACACCGACGAAGAAGGUCGUAUGCAUCGCUUCGGCCAAGGUGUGCGCCGCGAAGUUCUCCGACAUAGUGAGUUGACGGACAAUAUUGAGAUGGAUCCUGAACAACUUGCCGAUCUGCGCAGGAAGUUCGAGGAUUUCAAGGGCGAAGAGAUUCGUGAGAGAGUGGAAAGGGAAGGAGCAGACAGUGUGAUGAAGGAGCUGGGCAUGAAUGCAAAGGAGCUGUCGGUGCUCCAAAAGGAGGAUCCAGAAGGGUUCGAGAUCUUCCGCCAUUCGCAGAUCGCGGCCCAGAUCAAUAGUGGGAGAAGGCCCAGCGAGGCUUGA